CGACGGCCGCGCCAGCCCCCCGCUCACUUGUAAGACGAUGGAGCGGAGAGGCGCCUGCCUGCUGGUCUGCCUGCUGUGCGUCGUGCCCACUGCCACUUCACAGAACGCCACAGAAAAGAAAGAUGCAGCAAACGCAGAAGCGAUUGAGGAGCUCAAGAAGCAGAUGGACGACAUCUGGAAGGAGCUGAACCUGAUGAAGGAGCAGCAGGCGCUGCAGACAGUUUGCCUGAAAGGAUUAAAAAUUCACAGCAAGUGCUUCCUGGCAGGCAACCACCGUAAAAAUUACCACGCAGCCAGCGAGGACUGCAUCGCCCAAGGAGGCACGCUGAGCACGCCAAUCAAGGAGGAGGAGAACAACGCGCUCCUGAACUACAUGUUCACCACCAUGGGCACCGAAGCACAGAUCUGGCUGGGCAUCAACGAUAUGGCCAACGAGGGCACCUGGAUCGACAUGACUGGCACCAACAUCAAGUACAAGAACUGGGAGACGGAGAUCACGGCCCAGCCCGACGGAGACCGGGCUCAAAACUGUGUGGUGCUCACCGGCACCUCCAACGGCAAGUGGUUUGACGAGAACUGCCGUGCCGAGAAGCGGUUCAUCUGCGAGUUCAACAUCGUCUGAGUGAGCGCGACCUGCUCUUUCAUUCUGAAUUCUCAUUCUCGGUUACGGCGAGUGAAGAAUAAAGAGACACAGAAAAGUCACCUUACCCGGUGAAUCUCCAAUCCAGGAAUUGUUUCCUUUCCCGCUGCAUACGUCCUAUUGGGCUUCACUCUUCUUUGAAGGCAAAAAUGGCAGAAAAGAAAACCUGAAAGAGAGAAAGA